AAUCACACCCCUCUCACUAAACCCUAAAUGUAUUUCCCGCGCCUCCUCACAUCUCUCAGACUCUCACUCUCUUCUCACGCCUCUCUCUCCUCUCACUCUCCUCUCACGCCUCUCUCUCUCUUCUCUCCCUCUCAAUUCUUCGCCUCUCCUCUGCUCUCCUCUCCUCUCACCCUUUAACCGCCACCCAACGACGGCACAACAGCCUCUCCAACAACUAGCGCCGACAAUUGGACGCCAUCUCCUAUAGUUGCCCUAACCACUAGCGCCGACGAUUCUCAAGUCGCUGCUGCGAGGGAAGAUGAUUCUCUCGAGAUUUGGCUUGUUUCUAACAGUUCGUUCGUUCGAGAUUCCGACGAUAGGUGUACUAUUAUGUUCCAGCGAUAGGUCUUCCAGUUCGUUCGUCGUUCCAGUUCAUUCGUUCCCAUACGUCCCGACAAAACCACAUCCCACGUCUUCCAGUCAAUUCGUCGUUCCAGAUCUAGUGAUUGUUGUUAGUUUGUAAUUGUUGUUAUAAUAUUUUUGUAAUUAUUUGUGUACAAAAUUUAUAUAAUUGUUGUUAUAUUAUUUUCAGAUCUAGUGCUUUGUGGUAUUACUAUAUUAUAGUUGAAGUAUAUAUUUUUUUUUUUUUUUUGGAGUUACAUUCUUGUUCUUAUGUUGGGUGAUUUUUAGAAUAAUUGUUAUAAUUUCUUUUCAGAUCUGGUUUUUUUGGUACUAUAAUUUUGAUUUUUCUAUAAUCUGCCUCAAAUAUAUUAUAAUAAUAUAUUUCAAUCUGUCUUUUUGUAUUUUUUAUGUUUUUGAAUUUUGUAUAAUAAUUUUUUGUCAUUAGUUUCAAUCGGUAAUGUUUUAUUUUCUUUCAACCUUUUUGUCUUUCAAAUUUGAUGGCAAAAUGCAAAAAAAAAAAAAAAAAUUACCUAUUGCUACGGGUUUUGGCUAGGAACCGCAACAAUCUUAAUUGAUGCGCGGUCAAAACCGCUGCAAUAGACCACUUAAUGACAAUACGUGGCCCCAUCACAGCACUACAAGUGACACUCUUCUGCUGUUGUAAAGUACAUGGACCAGAAGCUGCUUGUAUGGACUAAAAUACAUUUUUCUGAAUAAAGAAGGGGAGUUUUAUAUACAGCAAAUAAAAAGGCUAAAUACAGCAAACUUGUUAAAAAGACUAACUUACCCUUUUUAAAAUUUAACCCACCCUCAACAAUUACCCACCCUCACCCACACCCUCACCUUCACCCACCCUCACGGCAAACAAAGAAAACGCCAUUGACGAUCAAAAUUCGAAGCUCCAAUUCCAGAUUAUAGGUGUGUGAUUACCUGAAUUUAAGAUGUAUUGUUUAAUUUCAUGAUGAUUGACAUUGGCUGUUUUAAUGCUCCUCCUCACCUGCGAAUCUGCAGCAGCAAUAAUCGCGAGACGACAGUGGUGCCGCGCCGACCCACGCAGACGACCCACCUCCUCUUCGUGCGACGCAACGACCACCAUCAUCCAUCACCUAAGAUGUCAAGUACUAGAGAAAGAGGUUGUAUUAGCCAGAAAGAUGGAAAUAAAGGAAAAGGAAAGAGGCAAUUACUUGACACUGAAGCACCACCGGAGAAAAAUUAUAGUGGUCGACUUGGAAAAAAAAAUGACAGAACUCGAAAAGGUGUUACAAUGUCUGCGAGAGCUAGGGCUGUGAAAGCUAGAGAAGAAGUUUUAGCCCCUACUAGUAAAAAUGAUCGAGAGAAAACUCAUAUGGAGGACUUUACUAUCCCCAACUAUGUUGAUAAUGAUUCAGAUGAUAAUAUUUCUGAAGAAGAAGAUAUGUUGUUUAGUGAUAUUCUAUUUCAGAGAGAACGUGAGGAUGAUGAGGAUCGAGUUGAUGAUAAUGGUGAUGAUACUGAUGAUGUAGAGGGUGAUGACAUAGGGGAGGAGGAUGAGGAAGAACAAAACGUACACAAAACUGAUGAUUGGCAGUUGAUUAGAGGGAUAGAUGGAGGACCUUCAAAUCCCGAUUUACUUACCGGUUUUCGCGCUCAUGUUGCACACUACAUAUGGAUUGGUCGGGAUCGAGGUUUGUUGACAUGCACAAUCGAAGUGACCAGUUAUCUUCGUGGACUAUAG